CUAAAGGUUAUGUUCGUAUAGCGACUAACCUCGGUAAUUUGAACGUAGAACUUUUUUGCGAUAAGAUCCAAGGCGGGGAUCCUACUGGUACUGGUAAAGGGGGGGAGUCAUAUUGGAAAAAAGAUUUUGUAGAUGAAUUCAAAAGCAAUUUGUCCCAUAAUGAACGAGGUCUUCUAAAUAAAAUGGAAUCUGUCCCUACUGAUGAUUCCGAUCGUCCGUUAAAUGAGAUUAAGAUUGUUAGCAUAAAUGUAUUCGUGGAUCCAUACGAAGAUUACAGAAACAAUCUUGAAAAAAAAUUGAAUCGACAAUCAACAGAAACACAAGAUAAAAAACCACGAAAAAAUGAAAAGGUUUUUACUUAUUUAAAUAAUAGCUAUGCAUCAUCAUCUAGUAUAAGCAAAGAAGAUAAUUGUAUAGUUGGAAAAUAUUUAAAGUCCUCUAUAUCAAAAAAACGAGAAUUUGAUAAUGAAGAUGAUUCGAAUGAAGAACAUUUUGUAGAUACAAUUCCAAAAAAACCAAAGCCCACCGGUUAUAACUUCGAUUUUAGUAGAUGGUGA